AUGAGAGUCCUCUUUGUUUUUGCUGUUUUCUUCUGUUUGCUCACAAACAUCAAAGGAGAUAUUCCACCUGGAAUUAGAAAUACUAUCUGUCUCAUGCAGCAUGGGAAAUGCAGACUCUUUUUCUGCUAUUCUGGUGAAGAAAAGGGUGACAUUUGCUCUGAUCCCUGGAAUAGAUGUUGUAUACCAUCCGUAAGUGAGGAAGAAAAUGAGAGUCCACAGGAUGAAACAACUGGAAACUAA